AUGCGCCGCCUGCUGGCCGUGGCGCUAUGCGCUUCGGUGGCCGACGGCCUGGCCCUGCGCCUGCCCAAGCUCCGGCACCACCGCGUCGACGCCGACGCGGCGGAGCCCGCGGGCGCGGACCUGCGCGUCCACCUGUUGGAGAACGACUUUGAAGAAUUGGACGUCGCUUUGAAAGCCUACGGCUCCUGCACGCAGCUCGUGCAGGGUUUGAUGCCGAUUGUCGGGCACGAGGAGCUCGUGACCCGCGUCGUGGACCGCACGCACGCCGAGGAGCCCGCGCCUUCGCUCGCGAACGCCGUGCCCGCGCAGUUCGAAUUCGAGGCGUGCCUGGACCUCAUGGCGGGCGAGGAGUGGCUCGCGGCGCACGACGUCUGCGCGGGCUACCUCGAGCGGCAGAAGUGCGAGCACGAGUGGACGACGGCCACGGGCAUUCUAGCGUCCAUCUGCGAGGCGGAGCUCGAGGGCGGCGACUACUCGAAACUCGACGCGUCGCUCGGCGAGCUCGAGGGUCUGAACUACGCCUGCGGCUGCCCCCGGGACAGCGAGCUGCUCGAGCCUUUCGUGGAUCUGGCCCAGUCCUUCGUGCGGGGCUUCGAGGACGCGCCGCUGGCCUACGGCCACGCGCUCGCGGCGGCCGCCGCCGCGCCGCCGCUCGCGCGGGUCGCGGCCGCGUCCGCGCGCCGCGCGGAGGCGCGGCUCCCGGACGCCGUCGUCGUCGACGAGGACGACGAGGAGGCGGCGGCGCCGGAGAAGACGGGGCUCUUCGGCGGCCGGAAGAGCUCGCCCUUGGUCGAGGAGCGCGAGGACCCGGCGUCGCUGACGGCGCUCGACGAGCUCGUGGGCCUGGCGCCCCUCAAGGAGCUCUGCCGGGGCUUGGUCGACGCCGUGUCCCUCGACGUCGAGCGCGGCGACGACCUCAGCGAGCGGUCCUUCUCCGCGGUCUUCCGGGGCAACCCGGGCACGGGCAAGACCGUCGCGUCCAAGCUCUACGCGUCGCUCCUCGGCGAGAUCGGCGCGACGCCGUUGGGCAAGGUCGUCGAGGUCACGGGCGGCGGCCUCCUCGACGACGGCGUCGACGGCGUCGACAAGCUCAUGAAGAAGUUCAAGGAUCCGCAGACGUCGACCGUGGAGGUCGGCGACGCCGUCGAGGUGAAGCGGUCCGGCGCCUGGGGCCACUCCGGCACGGUCGUCUACUGCGACCCGAAGACGGGCACCUACGACGUCCGCGGCCUCAACGCGGACGGCGCGGAGUUCGUCGAGAUCAAGGCGCCGCGCCACCAGCUCCGCGACCCGCGCCAGGACGGCGGCACGCUCCUCGUGGACGACGCCUACCAGCUCGACCCCUCGGGGUCGCCCGUGGGCAAGCGCGUGCUCCAGAAGUUGGUGGCCGAGAUGGACGCGUUCCCGGGGACGCUCGCCGUCGUGCUCUGCGGCUACGACAAGGACAUGGAGCAGAUGCUCGCGUCGUCGCCGGGGCUGCGGAGUCGCUUCCGCCGCGACGUCGCCUUCGAGGACUUUAGCGACGACGAGCUCGUGGAGAUCACGAGAAGACGCUUCGACGAGCGGUUCCCGAAAUAUGCCGUCGCCGACGACAAGCAUCUGAGGAUCGCCGCGCGGCGCCUGGGCAAGGGCCGGGGCACGCCGGGCUUCGGCAACGCGCGCGCGGCGGCGCAGCUGCUGGAGAGCGCGUCGGAGAAGCAGUCCGCGCGCGUCGUCGCGGCGCGGAAGAGAGGCGAGGAGCCGGACAUCUUCCUCUUCGAGCGCGAGGACCUGCUGGGCAACCGGACGCUGGACCACUCGGAAUCGGAGCCGCUGCGGGCGCUGCGGGCCAUGGAGGGCCUGUGGAGCGUCAAGUCGUCGGUGGACGAGCUGCUGGAGCUGCACGCGUCGAACGUCGAACGCGAAGAGCUGGAGCUCCCCUUGCAGCACGUCGCGCUGAACCGCGUCUUCCUGGGCAACCCGGGCACGGGCAAGACGACGGUGGCGGGCCUCUACGGGAAGAUCUUGGCGGAGAUCGGGCUGCUGUCCGUGGGCGACGUCGUGUUGGCGACGCCGCCGGAUUUCGUCGGCUCCGCGCUCGGCCAGUCCGAGGAGAAGACGCAGGCCCUGCUGGACCGGGCCAAGGGCUGCGUCCUCGUCAUCGACGAGGCUUAUGGGUUGGACCCCAACGGCGGCCACGGCGACGGCCUGAGCGGCAACGGCGACCCCUACAAGUCGUCCGUCAUCGACGCGAUCGUCUCUCGGGUGGGAGGCGACGCGGGCGCGGACCUCUGCGUGCUCCUGCUGGGCUACGACAAGGAGAUGACCCAGUUCCUGCGGCGCGGGAACCCGGGCCUGGCGCGCCGCUUCCAGCUGGAGAACGCGUUCCGCUUCGACGACUACGACGACCAGGCCCUUUUGAAGAUACUGCUCGCCGCGGUGAAGCGGCGCGGGCGCACGAUCUCCUUCGCGGACGCCAAGGCGGCCGUGCGUUUGAAGCUGGCGAAGCAGCGCCUGCGGCCCAAUUUCGGCAACGCGGGCGCCGUCGGGAAUUUGGUGUCCGAGGCCGUGAGUCGGUCCGAGGCGCGGCUGAAAGACGUGCCCCCCGCGGAGCGCGCGGCGAUGACGGAGCUGAUCCUCGACGACCUCUACGUGCCCGCGCCGCACGUCGCCGACAAGAGCUUGGUGUUUGAAGGUUUGGUGGGCUGCGAGUUCAUCAAGAGCCGCCUCGCGGAGUACGAGAAGGUCAUCGACGCCGCGCGUUUGAGCGGCCGCGACGCGCUCGACGACCUGGGCAUGACCUUCUGCUUCCAGGGGUCGCCGGGCACGGGCAAGACGACGGUGGCGCGGCGCAUGGGCAUGCUCUUCGAGGCGCUGGGCGUGCUGCCGUCCGCGGACGUCGUCCAGGUCUCGGCGUCGGACCUCGCGACGGGCUUUGUGGGGCAGGCCGCGAAGAAGACGCGCGACGUCUUCGACUCGGCGCGGGGGGCGGUGCUGUUCGUCGACGAGGCCUAUCGGUUGUACGACCCGACGGGCCGCUCCUACAUGCAGGAGGCCGUCGACGAGAUCGUGACGCUGCUGACCGAGGAGGACUACAAGGGCAAGAUGGUCGUCAUCUUCGCGGGGUAUUCCGGUCAGAUGGACACGCUUCUGGACAAGGUGAACCCGGGCCUCAAGAGCCGCGUGUCCGACGUCGUGUCCUUCCCGGACUUUGACGCGGCGGACGCCGCGGACGUCGCGGAAUUGAUGCUCGAAACGAAGCGGCUGGGCCUGCCGAAGCGGUCCCAGCUCGAGGCGGCGCUCCAGCCCUUGGUGGACGCGCCGGACUGGGCCAACGGCCGCGACGUCGAGAACUUCGUGCGGCGGGUGGCGGUGGAGUGCGCGACGCGCGAGACCACGGACGUCACGGUCGAAGCUUUAACGGCGGCCGCGGCCUUCUCGCUCAACAUGAAGACGCGGAGCGCGCCGGUCGUCGAGGAGGUGAUGACACCGUCCCCCUUCCUCACGGCCGACGCGGUUAUAUCGCCGCCGGCCAUCGACGUCGCGACGGAGGUGGAAAGGGUCGAAGCGCCCGGCGGCGAAUCGCCGGACCCCGACGACCUCGCGGGCGACCUCGACGGCGCCCUCGAGGAGGCCCUCGUGGCGCUGGGCUACGAUGCCGACGACAAGCGGGCGGACCUGGCCAAAAUGCUCGCGGCCGUCGCCGCGGGCGGCGCGGUCCCGGGGGACCUCGUGUCGUACGUCGUCGCGUCGCGCGGCGGCGACGCGGAGGCCGUCGCGGCGGCGCUGGCGACCCAGGCGGGCGGCGUGUCCCGCGCGCUCCAGGCCCAGGUGACCUACGACAUCGCGCUGCGGACCAAGGCCGACGACGACGACGACGACGACGCGGACCGCGACGACGACGCGCUCACGGAGGCGGACAUCCUCCAGCGCCUCCGCGACCUCGGCCCCUGCCCCGCGGGCUUCUCCUGGCACCGGGAGGGCGGCGGCUGGCGAUGCGGCGGCGGCUCCCACUUCGUCCACGACGACGACCCGCUCCUCCUCGGCGACCGCAUGUCGCGGGAGCGCCAGCGCCUGCGCGUGUCCCCCAACUCGAAGGAGCCCCUGGCCUUCCGCGCGGGCCCGCUCCGCGAAUCCUUCUGCACGCCGCCGACGCUCCAGCUCCCCGAGUCGCCCGGGUCGCGGAGCGCGCGCGUGCGGAACGACGCGUCGGAGCGGUUGAAGCGCGAGAAGCAGCGGCUGUCGCUGGGGUCGACGCCCGUCAAGGCGGAGCCCAUGGAGCUGAGUUCGCGGGCGUCGCUCGCCGCGCCGCCCGCGCCGGCGCCCAUGGAGCUGUCGUCGCGCGCGUCGCUCGCGCCGCGCGCCGCGAGCGAAAACGACGAAAAGGAGAACCGGUCGUCCAUGAGCGAGUGCAGCGGCCUGACGGCGCCGAAGCUGAGCGGUGGCAGCCGCUGGUCGUCCGCGAGCCGCCUGUCGCACCUCCUCGAGGGCGGGUCGUUCGCGCGCGCGGACGGCAGCUGGGUCGCGGCGCUCAACAAUCGGUGCUGGGAAGAGGAGGAGGAAGACAAGCCCCUCGACGCGGCGUCCGUCGCGCCGCUCCUCGUCGACAAGAUGGUCUGGGUGCCCGUCGGCGCCGCGCGCGCCGCGGCCAAGGUCCGCUGCGUCCUGGAGGUCGCGGGCGGCGCGCUCCUGGGCGUCGAGCUCGUCACUGCCCACGAGCUCGGCGGCGACGGCACGCGCCUCGGCAAGCGGCUCUUCGACUGCGCGCCCCAGCGGUCCGUCUUCGCGGCGCCGGAGGACGUGUCGCUGCUCACCUUCGAGGAGCUGGUCGCGCUGCCGCCGCCGUGCCCGCCGCCGCCGCGCGAGUCGCAGAGCGCCGCCGGCGCGGGCGUACCGCCGCCGGACGCCGCGGCGCGGAGCUCGUCGUCGGGCUCGUCGGAGGACCCGUCGCCGCUGCUGCCGUCGAAGCCCGUGCCGGACUGGGCGCGCGUCGACGACCUGGCGGACGCGGUGCGCCUCCAGGCCGCGGCGCCGCCGCCGGAGGACCUGCUCAAGCACGCGUCGCCGGGCGGCGCCGCCGCCGCGGGCGGGACGACCUGCGACCUCGCCGACAUCUUCGGCCGCGCGAGCCUGCUGCCGAGCGGCUACCGCGAGACGGGCGACUGGUCCCGCGACGGCGGCGCGGACCUCAACGGCCGCAAGGGCGGCGACGUGUCCCCGGCCGCGGCGGAGCUCGCCGAGGCCGCGCGCGCGCUCCUCCACUAA